AUGGCUUCAAGAGAAGCAGGUUCCCACCUACAAGACGACGUGCUUCGGCACAGCCUGGACAAACCCGAGGAAUUCUGGGCCCACCAAGCUGAACAUCUACACUGGCACAAAAAGCCGAGCGAGUCGUUGCGCCGGACGAGACGGUCUCUCAAGGACGGCAGCGUCACCCACGAUUCGUGGGAAUGGUUUCCCGGCGGCGAGAUUUCCACAUGCUACAAUUGUAUUGAUAGACAUGUUGAGGCGGGGCGAGGCGACAAUGUUGCCAUUUAUUAUGACAGCCCUGUCACUCGAACCAAGGAGACGUACACGUAUCGCAAGCUGUUGGAGGAAGUUGAGGUUCUGGCGGGUGUGUUGAGGGCGGAGGGUGUCAAGAAGGGCGAUGUUGUCAUGCUGUAUAUGCCCAUGAUCCCAUCCGCCUUGAUUGGCAUGUACGCCGUUAACCGCCUCGGUGCCGUCCACGCCGUCGUCUUUGGAGGAUUCGCCCCGAAUGCACUCGCACAACGAAUUGAAGCGUGUAAACCCGUUGCCAUACUCACUGCGUCGUGUGGCAUCGACGGAAAUAAACCUCCUAUUGCCUACCAGCCGCUCGUGGAAGAGGCGGUUAGGAUUUCACCACACAAACCUCUGCGAACACUCAUAUGGCAGCGCCCUCAAGUUAGGUGGAAUCCUGACCGGAACAGCGGGCAGGCGACGUGGCAAAAGGUCGUGAGGAGCGCUCGCGCCAGGCAAAUCAAGGCGGAGUGUGUGCCUGUUGCGAGUACAGACCCGGUGUAUAUCAUUCACACGUCCGGGACGACUGGCGCUCCAAAGGGUGUGAUGAGGGAUGCUGCUGGUCAUGCGGUGGGCUUGAACCUCUCGAUAAGCUACCUGUUUGAUAUUCAUGGUCCGGGGGACGUUGCCUUUACGGCGUCGGAUAUCGGAUGGGUCGUCGGGCACUCGUACAUUGUGUAUGCGCCUUUGUUGGCUGGUGCUUCCACGGUGCUGUAUGAAGGCAAACCAGUUGGCACACCAGAUGCCUCGUCGUUUUGGAGAGUCGUGGAAGAGUACAAGGUGAACAUGAUGUUUACGGCGCCGACUGCCCUGCGAGCCAUCAAGAGAGAUGACCCGGAGAAUAAGUUUCUGUCCACCGUAGGCGGCAGAGGAGGCCUGCGGAGCUUGAGAGGGUUGUUCCUGGCGGGAGAACGCUCAGAACCCUCACUUAUAUCCAUGUACCAGGACCUAUUGGAUAAGUAUGCCGCGCCUGAUGCACAUGUCAUUGAUAACUGGUGGUCUAGCGAGUCCGGCUCGCCGAUGACGGGUCGAGCACUGGUCCCCCACACUGGUAAAGACCGAACAUCUAGUGUCCGGAAUCACCCUCCUGCCAUUAUCAAGCCGGGGAGUGCUGGCAAGGCCAUGCCUGGAUUUGACGUUCGCGUUGUCGACGACCAAGGUCGGCAGGUUGAAAGGGGCAGCAUGGGCAACAUUGUCCUGGGCAUGCCGUUGGCUCCUACUGCUUUUCGGACGCUGUGGGAGGAUGAGGAGCGGUUUUACAAGAGUUACUUGAAGAGAUUUGGCGGCCAGUGGCUGGAUACAGGGGAUGCGGGUAUGAUUGACGAGGAUGGCUACGUGCAUGUCAUGAGUAGGAAUGACGAUGUGUUGAACGUCAGUGCUCAUCGACUGUCGAGUGGUGGCAUCGAGCAAGCAAUCACAUCGCACCCUCUCGUAGCGGAAGCAAGCAUCGUCGGCAUCCCAGACGCCAUCAAGGGCCAACUCCCGUUUGCCUUCAUCACCCUCUCCACUGCCAAUCACCCGACCUCAGCUGUGCCCGAUGAAAAGAUUGCCUCUGAGAUUCAGGCCCUAGUCCGCAAGCAAGUCGGAGCCAUUGCGUCGCUGGGCGGCAUCAUCCAGGGCAAGGGCAUGAUCCCCAAGACGCGGUCGGGCAAGACCCUGCGACGGGUGCUGCGCGAGUUGGUUGAGAAUGGUGUGCAUGGCGAGUUUGACAAGGAGGUUACGGUGCCGAGUACAGUGGAGGACUCGUCCGUCGUGGAGGUUGCGCGGGAGAAGGUGCGUGAGUAUUUUGAGAAGAGCGAGGGUAAGCAUGCGGCUGUAGAAGGCUUAAAAUCAAAGUUGUAG